AUUUGGACCAGAUAUUGACACGAUACCAACAUUUCUCUUCAUGCAUUUCCCUCCACAAAUUUCCCAACUUAACUAACACUAAACACCCCUUCCAUUUUUCUCCGCUUCAUCAUCAUCUCUCAUCUCUUUCCUCCCUCUGUUUUCUCCUUCAUCAAAAUCCCCACCACAACACCACCGUCAAACUCUAACAUCAACGAUAAGCGUCAAUGACAGACAACACCUUCUCAAAGCUAUCCGACGACGUAACCCUUAAGAUAUUCUUCUUAUUAGAAGAUGAUCCGCGCCACUGGGCGCGUUUGUCUUGCGUUUGUAAGAAGUUUAGCUCAUUGAUAUCUACGGUAUGUUGUAGAUCCAAAUGUCUCUCUUUUCUUCCUUCUGUUUCUUCCGAUCUUCUUUCGGUAUCGUCGUCGGACGGUUGGGCUUCUUUGUUGAAGAACGCUGUUUGCUGCCCUGGCCUCCUCCAUGCCGGGGUUUUGCUCGAUAACUUCGAUUUCGGCCUCGGCCGCGAAAUCGGAGCUACCGAAGAUUAUCUACAACUCGAAACCCUAAUCCAAACCAAAUCUGAAACCGAAACCAAUAUGAUCUCUAAUUCGUUGUUAUCAUCGUCAACAUCGGAACCAACCGUCAAGGGCGAUGAUGGUAUCCAAACCCAGAUUGUAACCGAUAUUAACUCGAAUGAAAUUGACGAUGGUAAUAACCCCGAAUGCGGGGGUUGGUCAUUAUAUGAUGAUUUGUACUUCGAUACAAUCUAUGACAACUCCGACUCCACCACCCCUAUGGAGAUAACCACAGGGGUGGCGAAUCUAGACUCGGAGUUUAUCGUUACUAAUAACGAAAACAAUGAGACGGCCAAGAGACGUAAGGUCUGGAGGCCGCAACGGUCUCAUCUGGCUUCAGGAGUGUGGAAUCUUAGUAGGGAGCAAGGAAGUAAAUUGUUAGCGAGUCGAUUUCGAGACGAUUGUUUGUAUAUAAGUGAAUGGCCAGGGUGUGUUCACAUUGACGACAAGCGGAAUUACAUGUUGUUUAGAGGUGUGUUCAAGAACUUCAAGCGAACUCGAGUGUGGCGAACGAUAAACGACGGGAAUCGGAGUAGUAUUCAUCUAAACUGUGCGUUUUGUAGUUGUAAAGAGACAUGGGAUUUGCACUCAGCGUUUUGUUUGAAGAGAGGGUUUGGGUUUCAUGAUGAUGGUGAGCCUGUUGUUAGAGCUUAUGUUUGUGAAAAUGGUCAUGUUUCUGGUGCUUGGACGGAUUUGCCCUUGUACACUUGACUUAAUUGGGUUUUGAGGUGAGGGUAAUAUGGGAAUUUCAUCUAUAUUGAAAAGGGUUAUUUGAGCUUGAAGGGUAACGUUGAUUGCAAUAUUUUUGCUUGUUAUUUUAUCAUUAGUAAUUUAUGUAUUAAUUACCCUUUUAUUAUUUAUUUUUUGUUGUUGAUUGAGAAAUUGAACAUUAUUGGUUUAUUCAUUUUGAUAGUUGGUUGAAGUUACAUGGUAAUAGUGUGAUAUUCCCUGCUCUUAGUAUUACAAUAAAAAUGCCAUUUCGACUUUUUGCACUAUUUACAUAA